UUGACUUUUGAAUUCUUAUAAGUAUAUAAAUGUUGAGAUUGUGAUGAAUAUAAAAACCGUAUAACAUAUAAGACUGCAAAGUUGUCAAAGACCAUAUAUAUAGUUCCAAGUCAAAAUUAAGGCGCCACAACCCCACGAUGCAGAGAUUACAGAUAAGUUCUCGUCCAUCCGAAGAGUUUCUGAUUAACCUCUCGCCGGAUUUUCCAACCGCUGACGGUCUCGUAGCCUACGACGUCCCGAAGAAGGAACUAUCUAUUCACAACAAGUCUACUAACGGAGAGAGAGCUAUUCACAUAAUCCCUCUUGUUCUCUUUCUAUGUGCUUUCGUUCUUUGGGUUUUUUCAACUGCAACCGUAUAAUUUACUAAUCAAAGUUAUGAACUUUGUUAAUUUGUAAUCAUCACUUGAUAUCUAUAUAUAAGUUUUUAAUUACAGUAUUUAACUCUAAUUGGAUUAUAUAUUUGUUAUUGUGAAACUUUCACGGCUUUAUUUGAUCCCUACGUCCAUCUAGAUCUGACUGA